AUGAUAACGAGCUUAAUCGCUAUCUUGCUAAAGAAGGAGUAUCAACAAGAGUUUCUAAUUCUUAUAGCCCUUACACGGGAUAUCUUAUCUAUUCCUGCUAGUGGUGCUAGUGUAGAGCGUCUGUUUAAUUACGCGCGUGAUAUCUAUUAUUAUCGACGUAGGCAAUUAAAACCGGAGAUAGUUAAAGCGCUAAUGCUUUAUAUAUAUAUAACAAAAUUUGAGGUUAAACAAAGGGAGAUUAAUUUCACUAAAUAG